AAAGCUUUUUAUACAACCGUAAAAUAUUCACACAAGUUCCAGAAGAAUAUUUUCAUGUAGAAUUCAUUCAUCUUAUGAAGAACUGUGAAAUUUUCUUACCAAUGCAGCAUUUCUAUACUCUGCAAGUCUUCAAGAACUAACUUAACUCAAAGCACUUGAUCUGAAAUUGAACCUCAAAGGAUUGUGUAAAAUAUGAAGGCAUUCUUUCCUUCUAAACUUAGAAUUACAGUUCUACCAGAUACCAAAUCUACAGACGUUAAAAGAAUCAACAACACAAACAUUAUCUCGGGUGCUGAUGGUGAAUUUAUAAAACUAUUGUCACGAGCGCUAAAUUUCGAAUAUGAAAUUCUUGUUCCCUCAGAUUAUUCGUACGGUUCCAAGGAUGCAUUCGGAAACUGGACAGGAAUGAUGGGAAUGGUUGGAAGGAAUGAAACUGACAUGGCAUUCAGCUAUAUAACUGUUACCGAAGAGAGGUCGACUGUUGCAGAUUUCAGCGUGCCUUACUUCAAUCUUGAUAAAACGUUUCUAAUGAAUCACGCUUCUCUCUUGCCGAAAACAGCGGCAUUCACGUAUCCUUUCAGCAUUCUCACAUGGAUUUUAUUUUUUGUCGUACUGCUCUUUGUGACAGUGCUAUUUAGAGCUUUGAUUUCGCCAAAAGAGUCAAUAAUUUCGGUUUUCAUCAACUUGUGGGGAUCUUCUUUCGGGCAAGGAAUAAGCUACAACCCUCGUUCAAUGUCCAGGCGGAUACCACUUGGAAUUUGGAUCCUUUAUUCAUAUUUUCUGAUUUUGGGUUACAGCUCAGUUCUGUUAUCGUUUUUGACUUCACCAAUCAAAAUGAAACAAAUAAAAGAUUUCAAAGAUCUCUAUGCCGAAGUCAGAAAAGGAAAAAUGGAGUGUCUAGCAGCGGGACCCACCCUUGAAGCAGAUUAUUUGUCGCAAAGCAUUGUACCUCAUUUCAAAGGAUUGGGGGAAUACAUUAAAGAAAAUAAAUGGUAUUACUUUCGUAAUAUCACGCGUGUUCCUGAAAACGUAGCAAUACUUGGGACAACCGUUCUAUUUCGAUUACUUUUGGGACCCCCGGAAAUGUACUUUUAUUCGAAAGAUGUUUUUGGAAGUUUUCCUUCAGGUUUUGCAAUCAGGAAAGAUUUUUGCUGCAAAAAGCGCUUCAAUGAAAUCCUGCUUCGAAUUUUGAGUGGUGGUAUAUAUGAAAAAAUAGCGGACCGUAACCUUUUUAAAUUCGAAUUAAAGAGAAAUUUGAACCGUAACUAUUCUCAGAGUGCAUUAGCCCUACCUUUAGGGUUAUCAGAUUUAAAUGGAGUGUUUAUUACUCUUGGGAUAGGCUGGGCAGUAGCUAUUUUUACUUUGAUGAUCGAAAUCAUCUACAGCCGAUGUUUACGCUCGCAACCUCGCCAAACCUGA